AUGGACGGUUAUAUGCAAAAUAACGAUCUUGAUACAAUAUCAAGUAGUAACAACAAUUUUAAUGAUAAUAAUGUUAUUGGUGAAAUACUUGAAAAAGAAGUUCAAUGGGAAUAUGCAAAAAGAGCUUUAGGAGUGAUAGGAGCACUUGGAGAAGCAUCAAAAGUUUUUGAUCAAUUGAUAACACAAAUUCAAGAAGUUAUUAAUCAGAUACAAACAAUCUAUGAAGCAACACAAUAUAACAAAAGAAUUUGUGAUUUGUUAAUGGAUAGAGUGGAAUGUUUAGAGAUUUCAUUAAGAACAUUGAAAAGAAACAAAGAAGAUUUUUCAAAAUCGUUUCUUCAACAACAUUAUUAUGACAAUUUCUUGAGGCUCAUCAAUAAUUUAAAUAAAAUUAAAAAAUUUAUCUCGGACAUUUCAUUGCUUAAUGGAUUAAGAAAAUAUAAUCAUAAUUUUGAUGAAAUAAAGAAUCAAUUUAAAGACAUUGUAUCAGAAUUUGAGAGAGUUGUUGAUCAAUUAGGUUUCAACUUGGGUUAUCUUUUAGAUGAACAACAUCGUAAAGACUCGGAUGCUUUAAAUGAGGAAAUUGAUGAAUUAAAAAAGGAAAUAAUAGCGGUGGAGAUAAUAACAAAACAAGUAAUAAUAUCAGCCGUGGUAAUAAAGCUAGCAUGUGGAGUACUUAUGUUAAUUAUGGUUACAACAAAUAUUGGUGUUAUAGUAGUUUGA